AUAAAAAUGCUUGCUUGUUUUCGACUGAAUUGAGACCUUGUUUAAUUCUCAUUUAUAUAUCAACAUGUCUAGUUUCAUCUUUAGAAAAUCUCUCUUACAAUCCCGUCAAGUCGUUCGUGCUCCAGCUCUCAAGCGCACUUAUGCUACACAUCCCGAACAAAACAGAUCGUCCAACAGCAACGGUGUUUAUCUCGCUUUAGCUGCUGCCGGUGGUGUCGCCUAUUACCUUUACAGUAGGUCUGGUAAGGCCAAAGAUAACAAGGCUGACGUUGUCCAAGACAAGGUGAACCAAGUCAAGGAAAAAUACCAAGAAACCAAGGAUGAGGCCUUGCAAGCUGCUCAUGGUGCAAAGGACAGAUAUGAGCAAGCCAAGCACGAUGCUAAAGAAAAAUAUGACGAUAUGAAGGAUGGUGCUGUACAGGCUGCCUAUGGAGCAAAAGAUAGAUAUGAUCAAGCAAAGCAUGAUGUAAAGGAAGCUGUUGGUGGUAAAGCUGACGAGGCCAAGUCAAAGUACGAGCAGUCCAAGCAUGAUGUAAAGGAAGCUGUUGGUGGUAAAGCUGACGAGGCCAAGUCAAAGUACGAGCAGUCCAAGCAUGAUGUAAAGGAAACCGUCGGCAGUAAAGCUGAUGAAGCCAAAUCAAAGUACGAACAGACCAAGGAUGAUGCUAUGCAGAAGGCUGGUGAAGCAAAGAAGGAAGGCGAAAAGCGCCUUGGUGAUGCCAAGGAAAAGGGUCAAGAACUGCAAGAAAAGGCUGGUGAAAAGGUUAAAGAAACUGGUGAAAGCAUCAAGCAAAACGCCAAGUAA